AUGGCUCGCACCGUUGAUCCCUACUUGACAGGACCUGAUUUGGUCGUUUCCAAGAACCUCCUCCAGGACUUACAAGCAUUGGCAGCACCAGCAGGUCAAGAUCCUGCAGAUGAUGAUAAGGACAUCAAGCAACUCCUUGCAAUCAAUGAUCCUAACAGUCCAGACUUUGUACCAACUGUCUUCACAACAUGGGACGACAAGGAUCUCAAUCCUACGAUCAACGAGUAUCUGGUCAAGCCAUACACUAAGAUUGCCAUGGGAAUCGUGCGCCACCCGACAGAUGUCGUCUUCCUAACGCAUAUUAUCCUGUACAUGACUGUCAAUCUGGCAAGCGCUGCAUACCUCUACUAUGAUUUCCAUUGGUAUCAUGGUGUGAUACAUACCGUAUACACUGUCUGGUGUGCCGGCGCUUUUACUCUGCUCAUGCAUAAUCACAUCCACAACGGAGGUGUCCUGAAGAAGAAAUAUGCAUGGUUCGAUCUCACCUUCCCUUAUGUGUUGGAACCGCUUAUGGGCCACACAUGGGAUUCAUACUAUUACCACCACGUUAAGCACCACCAUGUCGAGGGCAACGGACCGGACGACCUUUCCUCAACUAUCCGCUACCAGCGCGAUUCGCCAUUCGACUUUGCAUGCUAUGUCGGACGCUUCCUUUUCUUCAUCUGGGCCGAACUGCCUUUGUACUUCCUCCGUAAGGGCAAGUCUAGAUUGGCACUCCAAUCAGGUGUAUCAGAGAUGGCCAACUACGCUUUCUUCUACUUCAUGGCGACCAAAGUCAACUUCGGUGCAUCCAUGUUUGUCCUCUUGCUUCCGUUCAGCAUCAUGCGUAUCGGACUCAUGGUCGGCAACUGGGGACAGCACGCUCUUGUUGACGAAGUGGAUCCUGAUUCGGAUUUCAGAAGCAGCAUCACUCUCAUUGAUGUACCCAGCAACCGCUUCUGCUUCAACGAUGGCUAUCACACUGCUCAUCAUCUCAAUCCUCGCCGUCACUGGAGGGAUGCACCUGUCCAUUUCCUUCAGAGUAAGGAAGCAUACAGCAAUGGCCGUGCGCUCGUCUUCCACAACAUCGAUUACCUGAUGUUGACCGUCAGAGUGCUUCAGAAGCAAUACCUCUACCUUGCCGAAAACUGCUUAAUACCAAUCGGCGAUCAGACCAAGAUGUCGAAGCAAGAGCUUGCAGAUAUGUUGCGUACAAAGACAAAGGCAUUCACGGAGGAAGAUAUCAGACAGAAGUUUGGUAUCAAGGCUAGAUCGGGCAGAAAGAGUGGAUGGAUGGCUUGGACAGAGAAGGUUCUUGGUCGCUUUUCUGGUUCGGUCUCAGCUCCCAUGGUCAAAGAGUCGACCGAGUAG